CUAUUAUAGAAUGUGUUCAAGAACAGAGACGAGCAUUCUCCAAGCUUCCAUUACUUUCAUCGUCAGGCUCUUUUUAUCAUUUUUGUCCCUCUGGCCUCUCUAACUGCUUCUCUUUGAUCGGAAAAAAUGGCGACCAGAAGAGUUUCGAAGCUCACUAGGUGUGCUUUAGCCGCCAUUGACGCGCCCAAGCUUCCCCAUUCUCGCUUCCUUCUAUCUCGUUCGUGUUCUUCAUCUUCUUCUCUCGGUAAUUUCAUCGCCCCUCUUUCUGUUGCCAAGAUCUUUGGUUCCAGACCCGUCGAUGGUUCUUCCAUGGCGUCGGCCAAGUAUUUGGCUACGAUUUUCACUCGGAAUUUCCACUCUACGCUUCCUUCUCGUUACUCUGCUACGGCUUCUUCUCAGAUAAAUCAGACAGACUUCACUGAGAUGGCAUGGGAAGGCAUAGUUGGUGCAGUUGAUACUGCACGGGCGAACAAACAACAUGUUGUGGAGAGUGAACAUUUAAUGAAAGCACUUCUUGAACAGAAGGAUGGUUUAGCAAGAAGAAUAUUUUCUAAGGCUGGACUUGACAAUUCGUCAGUUUUGCAGGCUACAGUUGAUUUUAUAUCUCAACAACCAAAGGUUACGGGUGAAACUAGUGGUCCAAUUAUAGGCACACAUCUAGCUUUGCUUCUAGACAAUGCUCGGAAACAUAAAAAGGAAAUGGGAGACGAUUUUCUAUCUGUGGAACAUUUUGUGUUAGCCUUCCAUUCAGAUAAGAGAUUUGGACAACAAUUAUUUAAGAAUUUGCAACUUAGUGAAAAGGACUUGAAGGAUGCUGUUCAGGCCGUUCGUGGAAAUCAGAGAGUGACUGAUCAAAGUAAAAAUUUUAAUCGAACUUCAUUUGUCAAAUACUCUUAUCCUGAGGGAAAAUAUGAGGCUCUUGACAAGUACGGGUCUGACUUAACUGAACUUGCUAGACGUGGUAAACUCGAUCCAGUUAUAGGAAGAGAUGAUGAAAUACGACGAUGCAUCCAAAUUCUAUCAAGGAGAACUAAAAACAAUCCCGUGAUCAUUGGUGAACCAGGCGUUGGGAAAACUGCAAUUGCUGAAGGAUUAGCUCAACGCAUUGUGCGCGGGGAUGUUCCAGAACCAUUGCUGAAUAGAAAGUUAAUAUCUCUGGACAUGGGUUCACUGGUUGCUGGUGCAAAAUACCGCGGAGAUUUCGAGGAAAGAUUGAAGGCUGUGCUAAAGGAAGUGACUGCUUCAAAUGGACAAAUUAUCUUGUUCAUAGAUGAAAUUCAUACAGUUGUUGGUGCAGGGGCUACUGGUGGUGCUAUGGAUGCCAGCAACCUCUUGAAACCGAUGCUUGGUCGAGGUGAACUACGAUGUAUCGGUGCUACUACAUUGAAUGAGUAUAGAAAAUACAUUGAGAAAGAUCCUGCGCUCGAACGUAGAUUUCAACAAGUGUUUUGUGGCGAACCAUCUGUUGAAGACACAAUUUCUAUUCUUCGUGGGUUACGAGAGCGAUAUGAGCUACAUCAUGGUGUAAAGAUAUCUGACAGUGCACUUGUUUCAGCAGCGGUUCUAGCAGGCAGAUACAUCACAGAACGGUUUUUGCCUGACAAAGCCAUUGAUCUUGUUGAUGAAGCUGCUGCAAAGUUGAAGAUGGAGAUUACCUCUAAGCCUACUGAGUUGGACGAGAUUGACAGAGCUGUUCUGAAAUUGGAGAUGGAGAAGCUCUCCUUAAAAAAUGACUCUGAUAAAGCCAGCAAAGAAAGGUUAAGCAAAUUAGAGCAAGAUCUGAGUUCACUUAAACAAAAGCAGAAAGAGUUGAAUGAACAAUGGGAUCGUGAGAAAUCUUUUAUGACCCGUAUAAGAUCUAUCAAAGAAGAGAUUGAUAGAGUUAACCUUGAGAUGGAAGCGGCUGAAAGAGAAUUUGAUUUGAAUCGUGCUGCUGAACUCAAGUACGGAACUCUAAUAUCCCUUCGCCGGCAAUUAGAAGAGGCUGAAAAGAAUCUUGAGGAUUUUCGAAAGUCUGGAAUUUCUUUGCUUCGUGAAGAGGUCACAGAUCUUGAUAUUGCUGAGAUUGUAAGCAAAUGGACGGGCAUACCUUUGUCCAACCUCCAACAAUCCGAGAGAGACAAGCUAGUUUUACUCGAACAAGUCCUCCAUCAGAGAGUUGUUGGUCAAGAUAUUGCAGUAAAAUCCGUUGCAGACGCCAUUCGACGUUCAAGAGCAGGACUCUCUGAUCCAAACCGACCUAUAGCCAGCUUCAUGUUUAUGGGUCCAACUGGUGUGGGGAAAACCGAGCUUGCAAAAGCUUUGGCUGGGUAUCUCUUUAACACUGAAAAUGCUUUAGUUAGGAUUGAUAUGAGUGAAUACAUGGAGAAACAUGCAGUAUCUCGCUUGGUAGGGGCACCACCGGGUUAUGUUGGUUAUGAAGAAGGUGGCCAAUUGACUGAAGUUGUUCGUCGAAGGCCUUAUUCUGUGGUACUUUUUGAUGAGAUUGAAAAAGCACAUCAUGACGUCUUCAACAUUUUGCUACAAUUACUGGAUGAUGGAAGGAUAACGGAUUCUCAAGGUCGAACCGUUAGUUUCACAAAUUGCGUCUUGAUAAUGACGUCAAAUAUUGGUUCUCACUACAUCCUUGAAACUCUUAGUAACACAAAAGACAGUAAAGAUGUAGUUUAUGAGUUGAUGAAGAAACAAGUUGUCGGAUUGGCAAGACAAACUUUUCGGCCAGAGUUCAUGAACCGAAUCGAUGAAUAUAUUGUCUUCCAACCUCUGGAUGCCACCCAGAUAUCCAAAAUUGUUGAGUUACAGAUAAAACGGUUAAGCGACAGACUUAAACAGAAGAACAUCAAUCUUCAUUACACUGAAGAAGCUCUUGAGCUUUUGGGGACGCUGGGAUUUGACCCUAAUUAUGGAGCAAGGCCAGUUAAAAGAGUAAUACAACAACUAGUAGAAAAUGAGAUAGCAAUGCGAGUUUUGAAAGGUGAUUUUCAAGAAGAUGAUUCCAUUAUUCUCGACGUCGAAAGAUCUUCAUCUGCCAAAGACCUGCCUCCCCAAAAAAGAUUGUGCAUCAAGAAAGCAAACAACGAUUCUACCUCGGAGGCUAUGGUCGCCAAAGAUUGAUUUCAAAUGCAAGAUUGUGUACUAUGGUAAAUAUUAGGUGAUGUAGUUUAGAUUUUGUUGGUUUCUUCACACUCUAACAUGUUGGAAUUUUGGGUAUGAGAAGUUUCAAUUACGAUUGAAACUUGAAAGAAGUCCACAAAUCAUUUCCCCACAACUAACAAAAGUUGUUUUUAUUAGAAAAGAAAAAAGGCUUUGUUUCAAAUCCAAAGACAGCGAAUAUGUGAACUGAAAUUAGAAAUUAUACCAAUAUCGUUGUAGGCUCGAGUUUCACUUCUUACAUUUAAUGUAUGAAUCUGUUGUUCA